AGAUGGCGGCGGGCGGCCCGGGGGGAAGCUCCGAGGGCGGCGGGGGGAGCCCGGGCCACGGACGCCGAGACGCCUCCCCCCGGGGCGGAAGCCAGGGCGGACUCCAGGGCGGCCCGGGGCACAACUGCCACGACUUCGCCGAGUUCCAGGAAGUGCUCCGGGGGAUGCGGACGAUCGACGACCGGAUCGUACACGAGCUGAACACCACGGUGCCCACGGCCUCCUUCGCGGGCAAGAUCGAUGCCAGCCAGACCUGCCAGCAGCUCUACGAGUCUCUGUUGGCAGCCCACGCCAGCCGGGAGCGUCUCAUCAAGAGCUGCAUAGCCCAGGCCGCGGCCACGGUCCAGCAUCUGAGCCGCCGCCGCCGCGACGAGGACCUCGGCGACCUGGAGUUGUCCAAACAGCUCCGCAAGGAGCAGAGCAAGGUGAAGGCCCAGCUGGAGGAGAAAGAAGCUAAGAGGUACCCGCUCUUCACAGCCACCCUCUUCCGCUCUCUGCUGAUUUCCGACGUCACCAAUAUCUUCAUUAAGGUCCUGGUCGGCGACGAAGAGUGCGUCCACCUGCGGGUGUGCCCCGGGCCGAGCCUGGGCAUGCGGCUUUCGGCCUUUCAGACGGACAAGGUCAAGGAUGACCAGUUGGCCUUCUUCUGAGGGCCCGCCGGCCUUGGCGCUUUACCUGCCGGGAAUCCACAGUAAACACCCGCGGACGAGAGAAAAGCCACCCGCAUAGUAUCUGUCCGAGGGCUCCUGGCUCGUUUCCUGAGAAUCGAUCAAUCGGUCGUAUCUAUUGAGCGCUUACCGUGUGCAGG